AUGCCACGCCACUUCCCCGUCUUUGUUCUCUUCCUUCAAAUCGGACUCGCUAACGGCGAUCUCAUGCGAACUGUCUACUGCGCCAACAAAUGCAACGACUACCUCAAGGUCCCCGAGGCGAGCAUUCCAAAGUGUGAGGACCAACAUCUGCGGAUGAAUCAGUGUGGAACAGGUUGGAAUUCCUAAAGAACAUUCAGAAUUUACCAGAUUUACUUUAGUAAUUUCGUGUUCCUGGGCAGAUGUGGAACUCGAGAAGCAACGUCCGGUGGCAAACGGAACGGACGACAUUGUGUGUUGUUAUAAUGUUGUCCUGGUAAGCCACGGAACCAUCCGUUCAUUUCUUAUUCACAUGUUUUCAGAAGGAGAAGGGAGAUUGCGAUGUUCAACAGAACUUGCUCACGACAAGCAAGGUAAUCCUUCUGAUCCAAUUGCUUAUUAUCAUUCGAUCCCAUUUCAGCACACUCCGAGAAUCCGGAACAGCAGCGAGUGCCUCACGCAGACUCCCGCCCUCUUCAGUGUCAUCGCCGUCCUGAUCCUUGUUGUAGCCGCACAGGUACGAACAUCAAACAUUAAUCCGAAUACCAGUCCGAUUUCAGACCUUCUACAUCAUGUGGACUUGUGCAUUCCAACGUCGUCUGUACCAUCAGAAAGUCUGUCAACUCGACGAGUCCACUGCGACCCACUCACAGGCGCCCAACUUCUCUUCGAGACCCAUCUGCGAGUCCGGUUUGCUAUCCUUCGAGCACCUCCCUAAUUGAUUUUAUUGUACUUGCUAGACCGUAGCCAUCAGUUCGUCUACCUCUCUUUUCGACGGGUCUCGCCUUCUUUUCUCAGCUCCCGUGGGUCUCCAAAUGUAUAAUACUCCGCUUGCCUUCCGUUUUCGCUUGUCUCUUCUUCUCAUUUGUCCGAAUGACAUACGGGUCAGUGGCGAAAAUAAACAUUGAAUAUACACUUCGACUUGUUAUUUUGACUUCUGCCGCCGAAAACCACCGCACAAAUAUUUGCAGUCGCCUUCUAGAAAAGAAGUCGUGCUUCAAGAGCUCUCAGCGAGCAGGUUCUUCCCGCCGAUGCACCAUAAAAGGGAAGCUUCCUCCGUUAUAUUCUGAUCAGCCCUCAUGAACAGUUAUUCCCUUCUUUUCCCUCUUCUCUGCCUCCUUCCCACUCUCAUCGAGUCCUGCGGAUUCGGAUUCGGAGGAUACGGUCUCGGUCUAGGUAUUCCAUUUUCAUUUCUUACUUCCAGCUGAGUCGCCCAUUUCAUUUAGGAUUGGGCUGUGGCGGCGGCGGCGGAGGAUACGGUGGAUUUUUUGGAGGAGGAGGUUAUGGUUUAGGUUACGGCGGUGGCUACGGUGGAUACGGUGGCGGAUUCGGUGGCUACGGACUCGGCGGAUACGGUAUGGGCUACGGUGGCUACGGCUCGUUCGGAGGAGGAUACGGUAGGAAGGAAGAGCGCUGCUCCGGAGGCUUCUUCUUUUUGCAGGCGGCGGCUGCGGCUACUCAAUGUUGGGCGGUUGUUUCGGAAAGAAAAAAAAGUAA